UAUUAUUCUCAUUUGUGUCAACAAUUUUGGUCAGAAUUUUGGUAGAUAUCCUUUUCAUGCAGUAUUUUAGAUCAAAAUCUGUAAAUCAUACCGUUUUAUGUGCAGCUAAACUGAAUUCUGCCAAAUUGCAUGAGAUAUGGUUAAUGCUUACAAAAGUGGGAAAAAUUAAAUCUUGUGUUUUAAUAGGAGAGCAGAUUUUAUCAAUAGUCUCUAAACUCUGCAGGAUGAGAUCAUCAUUACGUCAAUGUCUUACACAGUGCUGAGUAUUUUGACACAUGGAACAAUGGUGUUUGUCUUUUAUUAGAAACAAAUUGAAUAGCUGGGGACAAAUGUUUCCCACCCUGGUGUGGGAAUGGUCAGUGCCUCCAGGUGCUGCUUGGUCUUUAGUGGGUUUUUAUGUUGUUUUGAAAGAGAUGAGACCUCUUUAUACUUCAUCUUGUAAUGAUUUUGUAUAAAAUGUAUUUACCCAAGUAGACUUCCUAGAUGGUGAAGCACAGAGCUUGCAAUGCUACACUGGCUGCUAGACAUACCAUUGGGCAUAAAUCAGGGAUAAGUGAAAAGGCUGCAAGGAAAAACAGAUUGGAGGGUUCUAACACUUUCACAACAGUUAGUGGCAUACUGUAUGUCUUUUUUAAAAGUCAAUUGUUAAAAUAAUGACCGUUGUUAGCUGGGGAUAAUAACCUUAAGCUAUCUACUAAGAGUCUACAGUGCUGUCUCCCACAACUGAUGUGUGAACAUUGCAUUGUACUUUUGUAUCUGUGACUGGAAAAACUAGAAGUAGAUACAGCAAUCUAAGUAUGUGCCUGAGAAGAUAAAGUAUGUGAAGCUUUAUUUUGCAGGGUUUGUACCAAGUAGCAAUCUUUUUUAGCCUGAGCAGUUAUUUAAAAGUCGUUCUUCCCAUUUUAAAUUCUAGGAUAAUGAAUUGUCCCUCUUGUGAUGCUGAGACAACUUCAAAGAGAGAGUGAAGUAGCUUAAUGAUUUUUUUCCUCAAAUAUUCCCAGGGCUCCUGUUAAAUACACUAGAAACUGGAACACCAGUGCUCUGCUUUUAGACAGAUACUGAAAGAGUAUGAUUUUUGUGUCUCCUUUUCAGACUCUCAAAGCUAUGAACGUGAUGGGAAAACUGCAUUUCUGGCUUCUGUGUGCCUCUGAGUGAGAGGAGUAGUUGAUUCUCUUUGGCUCAGAGACCUGUGAAGAAGCACAAGUAUGUCUCACAUGAACCAUCCUGAGCUUGGCAGCCUCAUACUGCCAUUUUCCUCUAGUGCUAAAGCCAGCAGAGUUGAGUGUGGUGUUGUAGUCAGAUGUUGUAGCUCCCACCCAUUAUGGAAAAGCACAAGAAGUUUCACUUCUACCAGUGCCACUUUCUACAAUUUUCCUGCCAUCCACAAGAGCAGGAGUGGGUGUUCCCAGUGGUAGCUCCCCUGUUUUGUUCUUAACUAGCCCUAUGUUUCCCUCUUUCAUGUAUCUCACACCCGUAUGCAGACUGAAAGGUGGAAUAGGGAAAGAACAUGCACAAAAGAGCUGGUAGACUUGCCAAUUGUGUCUGUCAGUGUAGCAUGUACUGUAGUGAGAAGUUUAACACUAAUUUUUCCCGAUUUAAUAUGGCUAUGAAAUAACAAGAGCAACACCAUUUGACUGAGACCACAGAAAUCACUGGUGUUUUCAAAAUUACAAUUGCACAGCCAGGCCUUUAGUAAUUACAGAAAUAUUCUUCCAGCUGAGCUGUCUUUCCUAAAACAUGCAGAGGACCUGGACAUGAUUGCAAAACAGUCCUAGAAAUACCUUGCCAUGUAGUUUUCAUCCUUCUUCUUAAACUUAGUUCAUAGAAUUCACUUUUUUUUAUAUCAGCAUCUUCUCUGAACACUUGUCUAAGUUUCAAACUCUUUCGUAGUCCCUUUAUGACAAAUGUCCACAACAAAACAUUACAUUUUCUGUCCAGCAGGGUGGAGGGAGAAGCUGGAGCUACCUUAUUCCCUUACUGCUUUUGUGUGAUACAGUCUAGCCAUGCUUUAUUAUUUUCCCCUGCUAUGUUGUCACUAAUUUCUGUCUUAACAUGCUAUUUCCCCAACACUCCUAAGAUUGCUGUUUGCUCUGUGUCCAUGUGGACUGAAUUCUUGUGGUUUUAAUUGUUUUUCUCAGGUAUGCUGUUCUGCAUUUUUCCCCAGCUGAAUUCACUAUUGGUGUUUGCCUCUUCCUCCAGUUUGUCUGCAACAGUGGAGUCCAGCAGUGACUAAAGUAAGGAUUAGUAACCAAACAGAAGCGGGAGAGAAGAGCCCUGAAGUGCCACUGUUUCAACAAGAACGAUUGGAAAGUGGCUUCUGGAGCUUGACUACAGAGCGUCUCCAACUUUUGUGCUCACCUGUCACAGGCACAUGCAGAAGGCAGAGAUGAAGAACUUGUUCCUUCUGCUUAUUCUAACAACGAUGUCACCUUCUGCAUUUUCAGGCCUCAGGAUGAAACGGCAGGUUGGUGUCUGGGGGAGCUGGAGUGAAUGGAGCAAGUGCAGUCGCAGCUGUGGCGGUGGAGUCAGCUUUCAGCAACGGCGCUGCUAUUCCCAAAGGACAGAAGGUCCUUCCAGUUGUGUUGGACCAACACGAAGCUAUAGAUCAUGUAAUGUCCAGAACUGCCCGGAAGGCUCCCGGGAUUUCCGGGCAGAGCAGUGUGCAGAGUUUGAUGGGACAGAAUUCCAAGGCAAGAAAUAUAAGUGGCUUCCAUAUUAUGGAGCACCUAAUAAAUGUGAGUUAAACUGUAUUCCCAAGGGAGAAAACUUCUACUACAGGCACAAGGAAGCAGUGGUAGAUGGGACUAACUGUGAACCUGGCAAGCGAGAUAUUUGUGUAGAGGGAGUCUGUCAGGCUGUUGGCUGUGAUAAUAUGCUGGAAUCUGCCAAGAAGGAGGACAAGUGUCUGCAGUGUGGAGGAGAUGGCAGCACCUGCUAUGGUGUGAAGGGAACUUUUGAUGUGGCCAGCCUCCCUAAAGGUUACAAUCAAAUCUUUAUUAUCCCUAUGGGAGCCACAAGCAUCCAAAUUAAGGAGGUUAAGCCCAGCAGGAACUUUCUAGCUGUCAAGAACGUGCGAGGGGAGUAUUACCUGAACGGGCACUGGACAAUUGACUUCAGCCGGGCGCUGCAGGUGGCCAGCACGGUGCUGCACUAUGACCGUGGCUCCGAGGGGGAUGUGGCCCCAGAGCUCCUCCAUGCCCGGGGUCCUACCACAGAACCCCUCGUCAUUGAGCUCAUCAGCCAGGAGCCAAACACGGGGGUUCAAUAUGAAUAUUACCUGCCCGUGCAAGGACAGGCCUCGGGUUACAGCUGGAGCUACAGUUCCUGGAGCGAGUGCAGCUCCGAAUGUGGAGGAGGUUUCCAAUCCCGCUUGGUGUUUUGCACUAUAGACAAUGAAAUUUAUCCAGACUAUAUGUGCAGGAAUAAACCACAACCAGACAACAACCGGACGUGUGGCCAUCAGCCUUGUCCCCAGACAAAACGGACUUCUUACAUCUACCUGCCGCACGCCUGGAGUUACAGCGGCGCAUGGAGCUCUCAGAGGAAGAGGUGGAAAACGGGAGAGUGGGGACCCUGCUCAGCCACCUGUGGCGGGGGCACCCAGUCUCGCUCCGUGUACUGCGUGGUGUUUGACGGGCAGAGCUGGCAGGGGGUGGUGGAUGACGCCGAGUGCAUGGCCUUCGCCCAGCAGCCGCGCCGCAGCCAGCCCUGCAACGUCCGGCAGUGUGCCACCUGGAGCACGGGGCCAUGGUCCCAGUGCUCAGCCAGCUGUGGGGAAGGAGUGCAGACCCGGACUGUCACCUGCAGGACACAGCAGGGCUCCCAGGCUCAGGACUUCGCUUGUCUAAUGGAGCCAAAGCCAUCAGCCACCCAGCCCUGCCUUAAGGAGAACUGCAUCCAGGAAAUUGGCUGGCACGUUGGAGACUGGGGUCUGUGUUCCAAGAGCUGCGAUUCAGGCAUCCGGACACGCCAGGUCAUCUGCGCUGAUGGCGACUCCAAAUUCUACAGUCCUGAGACAUGCAAAGCCAUCCAGCCACAGAAACCAGCCACCCUGGGUAGCUGCAACACACAGCCCUGCUACCUGCCACAGCAGGUCCCCAGCAUGCAGGACACUAUGGGAUAUGAUGUCACUCGCCAGUCCUUGCUGACACGUUACAACCCAAACAGCCCUUCCCCAGAUUCUGAUGAUGGAAGCAUGCUCCUUGGGAACACCAUGAUCCAUAGUACCUCAGGUAAUCAGCACAUUUCAUCCACCGAAGACCACAGCAUCAGUUUGUUUCCUGUUCGCUGGGAGCCCCAGUCCCGCUCGCCAGGUUCCCAUCGGCUCAGCUUCUCUCAGGACCCCCCUGCAGGGGCUGGCUCCCAGGACUGCCACCAGAGCCCACAUGGCUGCUGUCCAGAUGGGCACACUCCGGCGUCAGGCCCUCUGGGGAGAGGUUGCCCUUUCAGCACCUGCCACCAAAACAGGUAUGGCUGCUGCCCUGAUGGAGUAUCAGCUGCCCAGGGUCCAAACAACAUUGGAUGCCCACAGUAUUACCGUGACAUUCAAACAAGACAAAAUCGUCCCACUGCAACCACUCCAGCAGCAAGCCAAGCCUUGUCCCAGCAGCAGCCCUCGGGCGAGUGCCGCGGCUCCGUGUAUGGCUGCUGCUUUGACAACGUCGCCGCGGCCGCAGGUCCUCGAGGGGAAGGAUGUCUCAAUAGGCCCAACUACCCAUACCCUGUCAUGUGCCUGCUGCCCAGUGCCCACGGCCCCUGCACCAACUGGACCACUCGCUGGUACUUUGUGGGAGUUGUUGGCAAGUGCAACCGGUUUUGGUAUGGCGGCUGUCAUGGCAAUAAAAACAGCUUUGCCUCGGAGGAGGAGUGCAUGAGAGUGUGCCACAGCUCUGUGGGAGUCGGUCAUCUGCAGCUCCAACCCUCUCCUGGCACAGGAGCCCUGCAACACCAGCAGACUAGCUCCAAUUCUCAUACAGGACGUGCCCAGGGUCAGCAGCAAUCACCCACAAGAGAGGCUGCAAGUCACAGCCAAGAAGGAAGAACCUUUGGGGCUUCGCUCCCCACGCAGGACAGCUGGAGGAGAGACGUGCUGCCAGAGGCAUUGCCAAGGACUGGUGUGCUGGGGAGCCAGCACUGGGACACCCAGCGAAGCAGACUGGACAGCCUGGGCCAGCUGCACUCUUGGGAAGCAGCCGUGCCGGGGCCCUCGGACAGGCAGAGCAGCAGUGGCCAGCAGGCGCUGACCCGGGAAGGCAAGCAGUGGCGUGAAGCUUUAGGAGCAGAUGCCUCCGUGACAGAGGGAUUUGGGCACCAGGAGUCUGCAGACUUAUUCCCAGCACAGGCUCUGCACAGAACAACCCUGGAGGAAGCCAAGCCCUCUCUAGUGACAGCAGUUGUGGGACAAAACAUCCAGCUGGUCUGCAAGACAGGCGUGUCCUCGCUCUCCAGAGUGGAGUGGAUGAAGAACAGCCGACCCGUCUCCUCUGACAGGCACACCUACCAGUCCGACAGCUCCCUGGUCAUCAGCCACGUCCAGCCCCAGGACGCCGGCACCUACACCUGCCGCACCUCCGACGGCAGGACGGAGAGCCGACAGAUCCAGCUGCAGGUCACAGAGUACCCGAGCACUGUUCUGGCAGAGGGUGAGAGAGGUCGGGUCCUUCACCAGGCGAAUCCACAGCACCGAGGGUUAUCCAGAGGCAGGCAGCUCAUGCCGGCAGCCGGCUCCUCUGUGCGGCAGCAGCUCGCAUACAGGUUGAAAAUGGAUAAGAGUGAGCCCACAGUAGUGGAGGCCAACGUUGGGGAGAGAGUCAGACUGCCCUGCACAGUGGAAGCAUCGCCAGCUCUCACCAUUGAGUGGCAGAAAGAUGGGCAGCCCCUCUCCUCUCCCAGGCACAGGCAGCAGUCGGACGGGGCCCUGGUGAUCAGCAGGGUGAGCUCUGAAGACAUUGGCUUCUUCACCUGCAUUGCCUCCAACGGGCGUGACCGCGACCAGCGCCACGUGCUGCUCCGACCGCAAGGAGAGCUGAGGAUCACUGGUCUUCUGCCAAGCAUCACAGUACCCGAGGGAGGGACUGCUCAGCUUCAUUGUACAGUGACUGGCAACAAUGUGAAUAUAAGGUGGUCAAGGAACGGAGUUCCCAUGCGGGGGGAUGGCCACCACAUCCACCUGUCCCAGGAUGGAAGCCUGACUAUAAGCAACGUGCAAGAGGCUGACGAGGGAUCCUACACGUGCAGUGCCUACAGCAGCAGCAGCUCUGUCAGUGCCAGCUCAGAGGUGAAGGUGCUGAGGAGCCAGCCUAGCACUACUGUGAGUCACGUUGUGGACCUGAGCAGAGACUGCGUGGACCAGCCCCACCUUGCCAACUGUGACCUGAUCCUGCAGGCCCAGCUGUGUGGUAACGAGUACUAUUCCAGCUUCUGCUGUGCCAGCUGCGCUCGCCACCGCCCCCAGGGCAGCCCCGCGCACCCCCGCGGGUGACAGCCACCGCCACCGUGACCGAUGACAAGACUGGAGGUCUCCACUCUGCUCUUUCACUGCAUGGCACAGUUCUAGGAAGUCUGCCCUGCUGGAAAGCUCAAGAGGGUGAAUUGAACAGCGUGUAGUGGGUGUAAAUGCUCAAAGGUGGGAGACCCACCACCCUCAGGUUUAUUGUAAACUCCUUUCCCCUGCAUGCCUUGCUGUACCUAAUCCAUCUCUUAAGGGUAGUUGCUGUCAUUCACAGAAAACAGAUGGAUUGUAGGGAUGUAAGGAUGAUGUGACUAGAGAAGGCAGAUGACCAGCAUCAAAGAGAGAGAGACUAAUUCUUCAUACAAGCAAGAGAAGUGCUCUUAAACACAUAUCUCUGAAGUGUUUGAAGAUGGGCCUGAACCAUUCCAACCGAAGCACUAAUGAGCCAUGAACAUUUGUUCCUCCAAUGAGCAUUGCUGAACAAGUGCUCCUGGGGAGCACUUUCCAUCUAAAUGCAAAGGACUCUGGCCAUGAGAAACAGCUUGAUGCAUAUAAAAUUAGUGUUCAGGUCCAAGGAGAUUACUGGCUCUUUGGAUGAAGCUGUAAUGUCAUGUUACUGUAGCUGUUUUAUUCCAGCAGACCUUAAGACAAAUUUCUAGUAGGGUCAGUUUCGUCUCUACUUGGCUGCAAUCAGCUUUGGAUUGAAGUGCUGUAGAAACAAUGCUUCACAGAAAGCUUAAGACAAAAGAGAAAGCUACUUUUAGCCCUCCCUGAAAGCUAGAGGUAGUUCAGAUGAACAUACCAACACUGUUACCUGUUCUGAGAUGCUGCAGUUUAAAUAGCACUCAUUCUAGGAAGGCUCAGCAAGUAAUCUUUUUCCCCGGAGCUGGAACUGUGCUGUUCUGACGUUGUGCUGCGUUUGGGCAGGGGCUAAUAAUAAACAAGUAGAAAUACAAGUGUGGGGCAUUUCAGUUGCCAGAAUAAACCUCCCGAGAAUCUGCUCUAGUCUCAGUUGAAUCCAGGAAAGCCUAGCUCUGCAUCUCAGGGCUGAUGCCUGCUGCUACGGACUAACAAGUUAGGACUUCCAGAUGCAGAGCAGCUGUAGCUGAAAAGCAUCCUUCAUUUCAAGACCAACACGGAGUGGGGCAGCAAGAGUGCAUCUGGGGCUCUGAAAAUCUCACACAUUAGGGGUGGGGAGGUGAGAUUGUAUUAUGAUUGUAUCGUGUUAAACCAGGAAAGGCCCUUGGGUAUCUUCAGUAUCUCAAAAUGGAAUUAUUUUUGAGCAAAAGGAUUCUUUUACAGCCUCCACACUACUGUUCUACCCUAGCAUCAGCCCUGACUGUCCCCUUCUUCCUUAUUCUAGACUUGGAUGGGUUGAUCACAAUUAUUAGCAACAUUAACCAUGUAUUAUUUGCAUAGAUGUAGCUAUAAACUGGUGUGUAGAUGUUGAUAUUUUGUUGGGGGGAGGGAGGAUUCGCUUAUUUUACUUUUGUCUUCUACUUGUGUUACUUUAAGGCUUUUAAGAAAUGAAGCUAAUUUAGGACUGUG